AAAAGAUCAACCGGAUCGCCCCCAAAUCGAACCAAACCCUAAUCAAUCGCUCGCGCAUUCCAUUUCCCCCAACCGGCGAGAUGGCGGCGCUCCAGCACCAGCACCAGCACCAGGCGGCGGCGGCGGCGGCGGCGGGGCCGGUGACGACGACGACGGGGGGAGGGCUGCGGGCGAUGGACCUGUACGAGAAGCUGGAGAAGGUCGGGGAGGGGACGUACGGGAAGGUGUACAAGGCGAGGGAGAGGGCGACGGGGCGGAUCGUGGCGCUGAAGAAGACGCGGCUCCCCGAGGACGACGAGGGCGUGCCGCCGACGGCGCUGAGGGAGGUGUCGCUGCUGCGGAUGCUGUCGCAGGACCCGCACGUCGUGCGCCUGCUCGACCUGAAGCAGGGCCAGAACAAGGAGGGCCAGACCAUCCUCUACCUCGUCUUCGAGUACAUGGACACCGACCUCAAGAAGUUCAUCCGCGGGCACCGCCAGAACCACGAGAAGAUCGCCGCGCCCACCGUCAAGAUCCUGAUGUACCAGCUCUGCAAGGGCGUUGCUUUCUGCCACGGCCGCGGUGUGCUGCACCGUGACCUCAAGCCGCACAACCUGCUCAUGGACCGCAAGACCAUGGCCCUCAAGAUCGCCGACCUCGGGCUCAGCCGUGCCUUCACGGUUCCUCUCAAGAAGUACACCCAUGAGAUCUUGACGCUGUGGUACAGGGCUCCCGAGGUUCUUCUCGGCGCGACGCACUAUUCCACACCGGUUGACAUGUGGUCUGUGGGCUGCAUAUUUGCUGAGUUGGCCACUAACCAACCUCUUUUCGCUGGAGAUUCUGAGGUUCAGCAGCUGCUGCACAUUUUCAAGUUGCUGGGCACCCCAAAUGAGCGGGUUUGGCCAGGUGUGAGCAAGCUACCAAACUGGCACGAGUACCCCCAGUGGAAUCCCUCAAAAGUAUCCGAUGUUGUCCAGGGUCUCGACACCGACGGUCUUGAUCUGCUUGAGAAAAUGCUGCAGUAUGAGCCAUCAAAGAGGAUUUCUGCGAAGAAGGCCAUGGAGCAUCCUUACUUCAACGGUGUGAAUAAGGAUCUCUACUGAAGCGAUUGAUAUUAACCCACCGAGGGACUAUUGUCCAUUGUGCGUCUUCAUAACCUGCCUAGUUGUAACUUGCCUGCCCUGAAGCAUUGCUUUUGCUUCUAGGGGGAAGUAUUUCUGUGCGUUUCCUAGAUGUUUAGUAUGCAUGAUUCACUCGUUUGUGAUGGAUAAUGAACUAAGAAUUCAACAAAAUUAAACUCAUACGUGAGUACAUCUCUCUAUGUCUUUAUUUGCCUGUAGUCAAUCAGUGGAAUGUUUCUUGUUUGUCGUCGCUAACUCGUCAAGUCAUCCCCACAGUUGUGUGCCAAGAAACAGUCGGUUUGUAUUGUACAGGUUAGUUGUAACUUGCCUGGCCAGAAGCAUUGCUUUUGCUUCUAGGGGGAAGCAUUUUUUUUCCUGUUUCCUAGAUGUUGUUUAGUAUGAAUGAUUCACUCGUUUGUGAUGGAUAAUGACAUCAGAA